AUGACGACUUUCCCAAUUAUUAAUUACCAGCAAAGAGCUGUUCUCUCCUCGGCCAUAAUUUUCAGCGUCAUACCUGCAGCCGCAGUACUUCUUCGUGUCCUCGCCCGCCGCAUCUCAUCGCGAUCCUUGAACUUGACCGACUACUGCGCUAUCAUUGCUGCAGCCUUGACAAUAGCCCUUGAAGCUAUUAGUAUCACAGCCGUGUUCCACGGUGGUUUAGCAUAUGGGCAUGCCUCAGAGAUCGUGACGCAAUUCGGCAGCGAGCCAGUUGCCAUACUGCUCAAGCUCACUAUUCCGCUGCAGUUCCUAUGGACAUUGAGUCUCGCUUUCUCUAAGACUUCUAUUUUGCUCCUGUACUCUCAGCUGUUCAAGGCAGAAUAUCACAUUCUUAUCACAGCGAGAGCCGCCAUGGCAAUUACUGUGGCGUGGGCAGCCGGCACAAUUCUGGCUGGGUGCUUAAUAUGCCAGCCUUUUUCGAUGAAUUGGAAGACGAUCCCUAAUGGUCACUGUGGAGAUCAAGUCCUUUCGUUCAUAAUUACUGGAACGAUCAACCUUGCAACGGAUGUUGCUAUCGUCAUUUUGCCCCUACCGGCGCUGUACAAGUUGCGCAUGGGCAUAUACAAGAAGCUGGCAUUAGUUGCCAUAUUCAGCUUGGGCUUCCUCACUUGCAUCACUAGUGCCAUCCGCCUGGUCUGCCUCACGCAGAUGGAUUUCACGGACAUUCCAUACAGCAUGACCCUAGCCAACAUCUUCAGUGGCCUCGAGCCUAGCAUGGCUGUCACUCUAGCUUGCAUUCCUCUUUUUCGACCACUGAUCGGGCGUUGCAAAUACAGAAACGGAAUCGAUCGUGGGUUCAGGACUUCUGGGAGAGAGCAGUUCCAGCCUCUUGGCGACGAAAGUGGCGGCGAUCAACUUCGACUUCGUCCGCUGGGACUCAAGCAUCCGGCCGAGGUUUCAGCCGUCUCGGUAGAUAAAGGGGCUAGUCAUGAGAGCAGAGAUGGCAGUAGUUUCGAGGCCAAGGACGACAGCAGACAGACACCAGGGAUCAUGGUCAGCAGGGAGUGGGAGGUGACAAGAUGA